AUGAAUUAUUUAAUAUUGCAUGCCUCAGUGAUUUCAUCUAUAAAAUGGGGUCUUGUAGAAAUUUGCCUGAUGCACCCUCUGGAUGUGGUGAAAACCAGGUUCCAGAUUCAGGGAGCCACAGCAGAUCCGAGCCAUUACAAAAGUUUAGGAGAUAGUUUUCGAGUGAUUUUGCGGACAGAAGGACUGUUUGGAUUUUACAAAGGAAUUCUGCCACCGAUCAUGGCUGAAACACCAAAAAGAGCAGUGAAGUUUUUCACCUUUGAACAGUACAAGAAAUUGCUGGAAUAUGUGUCACUGUCACCAGCAAUGACAUUUGCCAUCGCUGGACUGGGAUCUGGACUAACAGAGGCCAUCGUGGUUAACCCUUUUGAGGUUGUAAAAGUUGGCUUGCAAGCAAACCGGAACUCAUUUGUAGAGCAACCUUCCACAAUGAGUUAUGCAAGACACAUCAUUAAAAAUGAAGGCUUGGGAUUCCAGGGCCUCAACAAAGGAUUUACAGCAACUUUGGGACGCCAUGGGAUUUUCAACAUGGUUUAUUUUGGCUUCUACUACAAUGUCAAAAACAUUGUUCCAGUCAAUCAGGAUCCAACCUUGGAGUUUUUGAGAAAAUUUGGGAUCGGUCUUCUCUCAGGGACAAUAGCCUCAGUCACUAACAUCCCUUUUGAUGUUGCCAAAAGUAGGAUUCAAGGACCUCAGCCAGUUCCUGGACAGAUCAAGUACAGAACCUGUUUUAAGACAAUAGCUACAAUCUACCAGGAAGAAGGGUUUUUUGCUUUGUACAAAGGACUGAUCCCCAAGAUUAUGAGGCUUGGACCAGGUGGUGCGGUGAUGCUGCUGGUUUAUGAAUACAGCUAUUCAUGGCUUCAGCAAAAUUGGUGA